AUGAGUAUUCUUAUCAUUGAGGCAUUCUAUGGAGGGUCCCAUAAACAGCUUGUGGAUCUGCUGCAAGAAGAGUUAGAAGACUGUGUCCUGUAUACCCUUCCUGCUAAGAAAUGGCACUGGAGAGCACGGACUUCAGCUCUAUAUUUCUCUCAGAAUGUUCCCAUCAGUGAUCAUUACAGGAUCCUCUUCGCAAGCUCAGUGCUUAACCUGACCGAACUGGCUGCCCUUCGGCCUGACCUUGGGAAAUUGAAAAAGAUUCUGUACUUCCAUGAGAACCAAUUGGUAUAUCCUGUCAAGAAAUGUCAGGAGAGGGAUUUCCAAUAUGGAUAUAACCAAAUUCUUUCGUGCCUGGUGGCAGAUGUGGUGGUAUUCAACUCGGUUUUUAAUAUGGAGUCAUUUCUCACUUCCAUUGGAAAAUUUAUGAAGCUGGUUCCUGAUCACAGACCCAAAGAUCUGGAAAGCAUCAUCAGACCCAAAUGCCAAGUUAUUUACUUUCCAAUCAGAUUUCCUGAUGUUAGCAGAUUCAUGCCCAAGCACAAAACAGCCCAUUUAAAGAAGAUGCUUAAAGGAACCGGCAGCGCUGUGCCUUCCAUGGCUCUUUCUUCACAACAGGAGCAGAGAGGUUUUGAGAAUGUGUUGAAGCAUUUUACAUCAGGAUCUGGACUCUGUGAUGCACUUUCUGGCCUUACAACUGCACAACAAGAAAGCCUGGAUACCUCAUUAAUUCAAGUGUCAGACCUGAACAAGUCCAACUCAUCAGAUAAUACAAACUCUUAUCCAACUCUUAAUCCCUGCAACAUUUUGGGUGGAGUUGAUGAUCAGGAAAGACCAUUGCACAUUGUCUGGCCUCACAGGUGGGAACAUGAUAAAGAUCCCGAGAGUUUUUUUAAGGUAUUAAUGCAUCUAAAGGACCUAGGACUCAGUUUCCACGUCUCUGUCCUUGGAGAAACCUUCACAGAUGUCCCAGAUAUCUUUUCAGAGGCCAAAAAGGCAUUGGGAUCGUCUGCCUUACACUGGGGCUACUUACCCAGCAGAGAUGACUAUUUCCAAGUACUGUGCAUGGCUGAUGUUGUCAUCUCAACAGCUAAGCAUGAAUUCUUUGGAGUGGCAAUGUUGGAAGCUGUGUAUUGUGGUUGUUACCCACUUUGUCCCAAGGAUUUGGUUUAUCCCGAAAUAUUUCCAGCUGAAUAUCUGUAUUCUACACCUGAACAGCUUUCAAAAAGGCUUCAGAAUUUCUGCAAGAGACCAGAUAUUAUAAGAAAACAUCUCUACAAGGGUGAAAUGGCUCCUUUUUCUUGGGCAGCCCUACAUGGUAAAUUCAGGUCUCUGCUUACAACAGAACCUAGGGAAGAUUUGUGA